UUAACAUAGAACAUACCUUUAAAAUGGCGGAUGAUAUUGUGUUCAUUCACCGUUUCUGAAGUUUUUUUUCAAAGUUGCUCAUCUUACAAGUAACUUAAUAUCCCGUGUAAUAAAUUAAUAUAAGUGGUUCAUUACCGAGUGAAUAUUAAUGUGUCUCCUAGCUGAACCAAUAUGAGUGACGACACCGAUGAUGAUGUCCCUCUGGGACAGGCUAGUUCGCGACGGAAAAUUAAAAAACGAAUUCUAAGUAGUGAUUCCUCGUCAAGCAGUACUAAUAAUAGUAGCCCCAUAUUGAGGACUAGAAAAAAUGCAAAUUACAGGGUUGUUUCAGAUGACUCUGAUAGCGAUAGCAGUGACAGCUUCAGUAGAUACUCGAGAAAAAGGAAGAAAGUUGCGCUGAUAACAAGCGAUUCAGGAGACGAUUCAGACAGCUCUGAUUCGAUAAUCAUAAGAAAAGCGAAAAGAGUAGCUAACAUAAUAGAAAGCGACGCUGACGACGAUCCAGACUCGAAAUGCACGUCCAGCCAAUGGGAAACCGAAGAAUCGGACACGGAAGAGAAAGAGACGACAAAGAUUAAACAGACGGUCGAGAAAGACUCGACCACCGAGUACGACAGCGGCGGACAGCAGUCGGAGGAAUGCCCGAUCUGUCUGGUGCCGAUCAGAAGACAGGAGCUGGGCACUCCCGAAUCCUGCGACCAUCUAUUCUGCCUGGCCUGCAUCUUGGAGUGGUCGAAGAACGUCAACACGUGCCCGAUCGACCGUCAAGAGUACCGUCUCGUGUUCGUCAAAGACGGAUCGUCGGGCCGCAUCGUCCGGCGUAUACCGAUAGAGAAGCCGGCCCCGCCCCAGGAGCCGCCCGACGAUCCGAUAUGCUGCGAGAUAUGCGGCUCCGGCGACAGGGAGGACAGGCUGCUGCUGUGCGACGGCUGCGACCUGGGCUUCCACCUCGAGUGCCUCACGCCCGCCCUGAGCGAGGUGCCCCUCGACUCGUGGUACUGCAACGUGUGCAGGUCGGAUAACGGUUUCGAGGGCGACUAUUCGCCGAUGAGGUUCGUGAUGCCGGACGAGGGUUUCAUGAGGAUUUUACGCGUUAACAUGGGUCCUAGAAGAACGGAUACUAGAUUGAUACCGCGCACGAGCCAGACGGAACGGGUGAUAUCACGCAUCCUGAACCACAGAUCGACCACGGAUCAGGCGACCGAACAGGUUGUCGGUCAUCGGUUGGAAGGUCCUAGCGGCUCUUCGAGCACGACUGGUAGGGAACAGACCGCGUACCGGCGUACCGUCAGACGGAAAAAGAACACGAAAAAGAGGAAAAGAAAGACCGCGAGAAAAUACAGGACGGUCUACGAGGUGGACGAGCAGACCGGCGACGUGAUAUCGAAGAAGAAACAGGUCAGGGUUAGGAAGGGAAGGAGGAGGACCGGAAGGAACCAAACCAGGACGCCGAAAACGGUGAAGAAGAGGUUGGCCCAGCAGCUGGGUAUAUGCAGCGCGCAAUUACCCAAUCAGAGUUUGCCGGACGUGAGGAUACCGAGCGGUAAUGACGGUCUGAACAACCAGCGAUACCAAGCGGGGAUACCAACGCUUCAUUUGUUCGGGCAAAGGGAUGAAUUAGAUUAUUUCUCCGCCUCUGAGGAGGAUAUUGCUGGUCCCGGGUAUCUGGUGCGCAGACGCGCCAACCACAGCGACGUUGCCAUGUUCAGGAGGGCGGCGCGUAGAAAGGGCGUCUUGUUACCUCAAACGCCGGCCACUUCCGACGUCGCGGACCUCUUGGGCAGCAUCAUGAGCAGCCAGACUCAACUCUUCGCGAAAGACGCAAAAUUAUCGGUGGACGACUCGGGUAGGUUCAAGAUCGAGAAGAAGGGACACUCCAGACCGGAUCUUAAAAACUCCGACGGUUUGUCCAAGAAAACCCCGUACGGCGGCGGUAACAACAGGAACCAGCGGAGGAACAACCAAUCGUACUCGAACCCGCCGUACCCCGGAGGUUCUUACUACCCCUACGACAGCUACGGACCGUCCUCCACCAGCGAGAACUACAACAGGUCCUACCCCAACUCCCAAACGACCGAGAGGAACGCGGGUGGCGGUUACGACCCGGACGUGCCUCAGGACUACACGCAGAGCACCCUGUCGGGCUACGAUCGCGACCUGGACUCCGAGAACUCGCAGCGGAACGAGCGAGAAGAGGAUUCCGACAUCGACAUUUACAGCGACAUCGAGGAAUCGGUGAGCACGUCCAAGAUCGACGAGGAGAACGCCGCCAAACCGCUGAAUCUGGCGCCAGCGUCCCUGCCGACCAACGGCUCGGACCUGGAGAACAACGACAGCGAGAACGAGAUGGUCAUAGACACGGAGAAGGUCGCCACGCCGACCCAGGACGAAGAGGAGGAGGUCAAGGAGGAGACUGCGGUCACGUCUAGCGAGGAUACGGUGGUCAAGGCUCAACCGGAGUCGGAGACGCCGCAUUCGACGUCAGAACCCGUCCAGUCGUCCUUUCAAAGGGGUAGGGAAGAAGAAGAAGACGAAGACGAGGACGGUUGUCCGAAUUUCAACAUUUAUUCGACGGAAAGCAUCAAUUUGGCCAAGAACACGGAUAUUUCCUUGAAUCCGGACCAGAACAACCAGGUGGUCAGCUCCACCCCCCUUCCGGAACCUCCGAUACCGCCCCCGGAGCUCAUAGGCGCGUUCGGAGCCGACGACGUGUACGACCCCGAGAUAGUCUACGACCCGGAGGCCGCCUAUAACUCCGAGAAAGAGUCGGAACCGCCCGUCGAAGACGCCUACGAUCCGGAGCGGGCGUACAAUCCGGAUCCGGAGGACGAUAUCGAGCGGGAGUACGAUCCCGAACGCAACUACGACACGCCGGAGGACACGUGCGAACCGGAGACGUCCGAAGAACCCGACUGCGUCGACAUAGAGACCGCCAACGACGUCUUGGUCGAAGAGACCAAAGAGAUGGUCGAGGACCAAGAGGAGUUUGUCCAAGACCAAGAGGAGACCGUUGAACGUGAGCCGAUACGCAAUCCGUCUCCUCCGCCGGUCGAACAGUUCAAAUCCAAGAACGUGAACGCGCUGUACAGCGAUUCCGAGGACGAGGAAGUGGUCAAGAUAAGCCAGAACAGCUUCAUCGUCGGCGAUAUAAGUACGAUGACCGAAGACGUGAGCGAGGAGGAGCGUAGUUACACCCCCUGCCUCGACGAGAAGGCCUCCGAGAACAGGAGCAAGGGGCUGGACGAUCUGGGCACCGAGAUGAUCUCGGACGACGAGAAGAACGACUUCGACGAAUCCCACGAACAUAAGACGGCCUCGGAAGGCGACGCCUUGGAGAUAAACGCCAAAGAAUCCGAGAUGGACAUGGUCAAACCGGAGGACUACGAAGAAGGCGAGAUAAUCGAUAAGAACAAAGCCAGCAAAGAGAAACAAGAAGAAACCGUUAAAGAGAAAGAAACAGAAGACGCGGCGAAACAAGACAAACCGGACGUCGAUAAAAACAAAACUAAAAAGAAGGAAGAUAAGAAGAACGAAGCUAAACAAAAACAGGAAUCGUUCAAGAAACUGAGCAAGAGCAACAAGGAGAGAAACUACAGGGACAAGGAGAAGGGCGGAAACCGCGGCGACAAAGAAGACAAGAGUAGAAACAAGGAAAAUUCUAGGGAAAAACGGAAAAGGAAAGAGAUCGAGAGGUACGACGUCAGAGCUCUGAUAGCGGAGAAACCGCGGAGACUGAAGGAUAAAUUCGGGAGAGAUAUCAGAAAAUCGUCUUCCAAAUCCAGGAGCAGAAGUUACACCCCCAAAGUAUCGCCGGAUAGGCGCACGCCCCCCAAACGUCGACUGUCGGCCGAUUCCAGGGAGAGAAAGAGGAAAAAACGGAGCAGAUCGAGAAGGAGAUCGUCGGAGUCCAGGUCCAAAUCCAGACAGCGUCACAGAUCCCAAUCCAGGUCCAGGAGGAGACGCUCCAGGAGUCGCUCGAAGAGGAAGAAGAAGUCCAAGGACAGAUCGAAGAGGAGGAAACGCGAAAGGAGCACCAGCAGGACGUACACGCCCACCAGGAAACGGAGGAAGGAGUGGCAGGAGGGUUUCGGGAGGGAAAGGGGCUUUUCAGCCGAGGCCAGAUGGACCCCGUCCCUCAGCAGAUCUCCGGAGGUCGAUCAAGGUAGACACAUGUCCCCCAGUUGGACGCCUCCGAGAACCCUCGAAUCAACGGCUCCGGACCAUCGAGGUCUGACCGUCAUCCUUCAGAACGACCAGAAUAAGAAGAAGAAAGAUAAGAGAAAGAAGACCGGUAAGAAAGGUAGGGAGAUGGUGGAAAAACGUACGAAACGGAAGAAAAAAGAUCAUACUCCGCCGCCCUCCAAGGAGGUAUUCGCCUCCGGUGAUAACAUAUUAGUCAGCGUUAGUUUUAACAAGGAAAACGAGAGGAGAGAAAGGGACGUAUUCACAAAGAAGAAGAAAGAAGCGGAGGAGAAGGAAAAGAAGAAGAGGUCGUUGAGGAGAAAGAAGAAGAAUCAAGAGUUAUCCACGGUGAAACCGGUGGCGAUCAUAGAUCUGGAACGGUCGCCUUUCCGGGAACUGACGCCUUCCCCGAAAGACAUAAUAGUGCUGUCGGACGAGGAUCACGUGGAGAACAACGCGGCCGACGACGCCCAAGACGUCUGCGACUCCUCCCAACAAGUGGCUAGUCCGGAGAACGUCCCGGUGUACAUGACCGGUCCCAAAACGCCGCCCGAGCCCCAGGUCAAGUUCUCGCUGCCGUCCAAACAGCCGGCCCUGCGUCCCCUCAUCAACAACCCCCUGCACGACCCCGAGGACGAGAUAACCCACGAACAGGAACGGGAGGAAGAGGAGGAGGACGAAGACGGGGAGAUGCGCGAGCUGAGCGACACCCACAAGGGACCGAACACGCCGCCCGAGCCGCCCAACAGCCCGCCCAGCUCGCCGGACGCCUACGACCCCUUCGAACCCACCAAGUCGCGAUCCCCCUCCCCCGACCAGGGCAAGACGGCGCCCGCGGAAGACGGCGAGAAGAGGAACGAGCUGUCCGCGGAAAAGAUCGCGGUUAUACCUUCCCUGACGCCCCCCCUGGCCGACAUCCAACCGGCCGACUCCCAGAGCAGCCUGCUGAUAUCCAGGGAGUCGAGCAAGUCGCCCGAGCAGGUCAACAGGUCCGCGCAGCCGAUCAACAAGUCGCAGACGCUGCCGUUCGCGCCCGCCGCCAACCUGCUGACCUCCACGCCCGUGUCGACGAACGCCGGCGCCCAGAGGAUCAACAUACUGAGCUCGACGAUCCUGGGAAACGUCUCUUCCACCAUACCUCAAAGAGGGAUCGUACUGCCGAACGUCAAGCUCAGCCCGGUGAAGAACGCCGUCAAGCAGGCUGCGGGCAAGGGCGCGACCGCGAACGCCCAGUCGAACAAGUCGAACAAGACGAGCCAGAACGGCCAGAACGAGUCGAGCGAGGCGAUCAGUCUGGACUUCGACUCGCCCUACUCGCCCGGAUCGAGCGACUACGAGGAUCUGUUCGAGCCGCCGCCAGAGGUCGUGACCAAGAAGACGCUGAACAAGUCGGCGCCGGUCGCGCCCGCCAAGGACGCGACCAAGCCGAAGAACGCGUUCGAUUCGCUGUUCGACACGCCCGUCAACAAGCUGAAGAAGAUACACGUCAGCUUGGAUAAGUCCACCAAGGGGAAGAAGUCCAAAGGUACCAAAAUAGUGGGGGUAAAGCUCGACGAAGACCACCUGAAGAUACUGGACGAACUGCCAAACUCAGCGGUCGAGAUGCAGGUUAAGGAUAAGUUCUUGAAGAAACUCAAUCGACAGGAGAGGGUGGUUGAGGAGGUAAAACUGGUUCUUAAGCCGUAUUAUAAUAAGAAGAAGAUCGACAAGGAAGAAUACAAAGACAUAAUGAGAAGGGCUGUUCCUAAGAUAUGUCACAAUAAGUCGGGAGAAAUCAAUCCGACAAGGAUAAAGAACCUGAUAGAGGCUUACGUGAAGAAGAUUCGACAUUCGAAGAAGGUCACUUCAAGUAGUUCAUACAAUCCAUUAAAGGGAUAGGAUAAAUUAUCCUCGAAUUAAUUUUACAGAUUGUACAUAUGAUUUUUGAUGAGUAUUGAUAGAAUUUUAUCAGUGUAAUUAGAUUAUUUUUAAUUUAUGAUGUAAACUCAGUUUGUGAUAUCUUAGUGUUCUCAGGGUAAUACCUGUAUUAUUUUGAGCACACCAUCAUAUUGAGAUGAUACACAGAGUAUCGGACUUAUUUAUAUCUUGUAUUUAUCGUUUCGCGAAAAGUUCAUUGCUGUUCCAAUUUUCAAAGUGCUCCAAGUUCGGCGAGUGGCACAAUGCGUGCAAUUUUUUUUAUUUUUUUUUUCUGUUCGAUGGACCGUAUGAAUGUAAAACUGUCUCAAAAAUGUGUUGUCUUGACCGGGAAUCGAUAGGGAUGACAUAAAUAAAGAUAUGAAUUCAGUUCUA